UUCGUGUUUUCAAAUAAUAAGAAAAGGAAUGGCUUCAGCUACUUUCCUCUCUCUUGCUCUUUUCUUUGCCUCAGUCUGGACCUCAGGCUCAGCUCAAUGUACAGACCUGGUUACCCCAUCAGUUUUACUCAGUGAGCUGUCCCGAACAAGGCAACUCGCCUCACCUGGCGAAGGAUCUAACAACAACCUGAGAGUCCUUGAGUUUUACACCUCCUGUAUUGCUUCUGGGUCCUUCAGAGGCUCCUUGACUGAAGCAUCUCACUUCGUAAAGGUAACUGGUGUUCCUAACCGUCCUGGAGAUUUUUAUGGAAUUGUUGAUCUAAGUUGCUCAGGAAAUUCUUGGACUUUGAACAGAGACAAACCUUUUGACUUCGUUACAAAUCAAACUUUCAUACAAUUACUGAGUACUAACAGUAGCAUUCAGACUGAUUGCUGGCACUGUAACUCUGUCAAUCACUUCCGUUACCCCCUCACCAACGAUACUGAUGACACACUGAGACAUUGCGAUCGUUGUCCUGGAGUGUGUCUAAACAGCAAUUCUCCUCAGACCUGUCACAGUCUCCCUGAUCCGGUUUGCUGUAAUGCCUACCAAAGAGACCCUAAUUCGGGUAGACUAAACUGUGUCACUCGAUGUCCUACCAACUUCUCAGCCAGUCCAGCCACUAAUUUCACUUGUGUGUGUGAUCUUGGCUGUAGGAAUGGUGGCAGGAACAAUGCAAACUGUACCAUGUGUAUCUGUCCUCCUGGUAUCACUGGGGACUUCUGUGAGACACUCCCUAAUCCUUGUGACCUCAACCCCUGCAGGAACAAUGGGACCUGUUCCGCUGUUUCUUCAACUGAGUAUACUUGCACAUGUCCUCCUGGUUUCACUGGAGUUAACUGUACUACUGUAAUCAACCCUUGUGACCCCAACCCCUGCAGGAACAAUGGGAACUGCUCUGCUGUUUCUUUCACCAAUUAUACUUGCAUAUGUCCUCCUGGUUUUACCGGACCUAACUGCACUAUUGAGCUCAAUCCUUGUGACCCCAACCCCUGCAGGAAUAAUGGAACCUGUAUGCGUGCAGGAGCUUAUCCAAGGUUUAUGUGUACAUGUCCACCGCGAUACACUGGCUCAUUGUGUGAGACUGACAUAUGCUCCAGGAUCAACUGUCUUAAUGGAGGUACCUGUAGGAUUGAGAAUGGAGUACCAGUCUGUACCUGCCCUUCAAACUUCAACGGCACAAUGUGUGAGAAUUGUACCAUCCCCAACUGCAGGAACUGCUCAACCACUGUCCCUGGAUUGUGCUUGGGAUGUCUUAGUGGGUUCAGACUAGAGACAAACGGAAUGUGCUCCCUUGAUUGCAACCGUUGCCAAGAUAUUGCAAAUGAUGAUCAAAGAAACUUGUGUUAUUUCUUUUGUGAAUUGGAGAAUUGGGGUAACGUAUCAAGACAAUGCAAUGUGAAUCCUCCUGAGUUUACCACUCCAUCACCAAGCUUACCAUUAUCAGCUCAAUACACUAGUGCUGUCUCUGCUACAAGAGGUGCUGAAAUGACUUGGGUUGGUUUGGCAUCCUUCUCAGUUGUAUUACCAAUGAGAACUGAUGAGAGCCUUCAGGCUUGGAGGAAUGGUACAAGACAUUGGGUCGGUAACUUGAGGAAUUGGUUGGGCUUUAUUCGAAGCGUUGACAACAAUUUUCCUAAUUUUAAUCUUGAUAAUCUUUUAGUUGAUAUAGAUGAUGACAGUAAAGUUCAAGAUGUUUAUACCAGGACAAGGAGGGCCUGGUCAGAUAUUUUCAAUGCUUUUGAUGCAAAAAGGCAGUGCUCAACAUAAAGAUAUUUUUAUUUUUCUUUUUUUUGAAGUCCCGAACAUUAGUACAUGUAAUAUAUGCUAUAUGAAGCUGUCAUACACUGAGCUACUCACAGUUUAAUUAUAAUUAUGUUAUUAAAAUACAAAAUUGUUGCCAUGAUGUUUUUUGCUAUUAAAAUUAUAUUAAGAUACAAAUAAGUCAUGCUCUCUCCAUAGUGAGAGUCAUACAAUGACAUUAAAUGU